AUGAAGUUCUCUCAUAGCGUUCAGUUCAACGCUGUUCCGGACUGGAGCAGCCACUACAUCGCCUACAGCAAUCUCAAGAAGCUCAUCUACCAACUCGAGAAGACGGUACAUCAGCCCGGUGUCGCCGAUGUCGAGACUCGGCCCCUCCUUCGAGAUGAAGAUCCCGAGACCGUCUUUGCAAGGGCGCUCGAUGUCGAACUAGAGAAGAUCUCUUCCUUCUUUGGCGUUAAAGAGAAGGAGCUUCUCGACGAGGUCGAGGAUUUAAUGCGGGAUAUGGAUUCAUACGAUGACGAUGGCGGGGGUGGACAAGGUGAACUAAUUCAACACAGCGCCGACCAGGUCAAACCAACGAGUGCCUCAAGGAUGAGCCGUAGUACCCACAGCGUGCAGUACUCUACGGAUGAUGGCAUCGAGGACAGCGACGAUGACGAUGGAGACGAGACGUCGGCAUUGAACAAGCAUCACCGACCCGGCCUCAGCACCACUCACGGGCGACGCCGCACAGUCGCCAAUGUGCGUGCUCCCACAGACAUGACCGCCUCCACCGAGCUCACUAAAUCGAUGCGCAGGCAUAGUACGGGCUUCGACGACUAUGCUGAGACGGCCGAGUUAUAUACGGAUGGUAUCAUGCUCAAGAAGCGCAUUGUUGGUCUUUACGUCCAGCUGUGCGAACUCAAAUCCUACGUACAGCUCAACAGGACUGGAUUCAAUAAAAUUCUCAAGAAGUUUGACAAGAUUAUUGACAGGCAGCUCCGGACUAAGUACAUGGAAACCACCGUCGGCAAGUCCUAUACCUUUUUGCCCGAGACUGUGAACCAGCUAGAAGGGAAUAUCGGGAAGAUGGAGACGGCAUAUGCCAAUCUCGUAACCCAAGGAGACGAAUAUCUUGCCAGGAAAGACCUGCGGUCACACUUGAGAGAGCACGUCGUAUGGGAGAGGAAUACAGUUUGGCGAGAGCUGAUCGGUAUGGAGCGACGCGCCGAAGCGGCUAGCCUUGGUAAAGGCCUCCUCGGAGGCUCAAACGACGGCCUGAAAGUGAGGCUGCAAGGAGACGACGCUCCUGAUGUGUCGACUACAGAGGUCGUCACACCCGUCGGCCGUUUCUCUUUUCCAUCUUGGAUGUUGGGCUCAUCCAUGCUGACGACACUGGCCAUCAUCGCUGUUUUCUUGGUGUUCCUGGCCGUCCCCAUCAUCGAGAAGCCAGAGCAACAGGCUUGCUUCGCUAUGCUCAUCUUUGUCAGCUUGCUAUGGGCUACCGAGGCCAUCCCCCUCUUUGUCACGUCACUGCUUGUUCCAUUUCUCUGCGUCGUUCUCAGGGUGGUGCGGUCUGACGAGGCGCCGCAUCGGAGACUGAACGCGCACGAUGCUACGAACUAUGUGUUCUCGGCUAUGUGGACGCCUGUCAUCAUGUUGCUCCUCGGUGGGUUUACCGUUGCCGCGGCUUUGUCGAAGUGUAGGAUUGAUAAGCGCAUCGCCACGUUCGUCUUGAGCAAGGCUGGCACACGUCCGCGGACGGUGCUCAUCGCCAACAUGUUUGUCGCUGCAUUUGCGAGCAUGCUCGUCAGUAAUGUUGCUGCACCAGUUCUCUGCUUUAGUAUCAUCGAGCCAAUGUUGCGCAACCUGCCGCAUGGCUCGAACAUGUCUAAAUCUGUCAUCAUGGGAAUAGCGCUCGCCUCUAAUAUCGGCGGCAUGCUGUCACCUAUCGCGUCACCGCAGAAUGUGGUGGCGUUGGGCAUCAUGGAACCCCCACCAACAUGGGGCCAGUGGCUGUUCAUCGUAAUUCCGGUCGGCAUCGUGUCACUCUUCCUCAUAUGGAUUCUGCUGUUGCUUACUUUCAAGCCUGGCAAAGGUACAGUCAUUAUUCCUAUCCGCUCUGUUAGAGAGGAGUUCACGGGCCUGCAGUGGUUUGUCUCCUUCAUCUGCUUAGCGACCAUCGGUCUCUGGUGUGCAAGCCACGCACUCGAAGCAACGUUCGGCCAUAUGGGUGUCAUUGCUAUUCUUCCCAUUGUCAUAUUCUUUGGCACUGGGAUCCUUACUAAGGAGGACUUCAACAACUUCCCCUGGACUAUCAUCAUCCUGGCAGCGGGUGGCCUCGCGCUUGGCAAGGCCGUCGAGUCAUCGGGCCUACUUCACACGGUCGCGAGCAAGAUCUCGACAUCUGUUCACGAGCUAGAUCUCUAUGUGGUUCUUCUUAUCUUCUCGAGCCUGGCACUUGUGAUCGCCACGUUCAUCAGCCAUACGGUCGCAGCUCUUAUCCUCUUGCCACUCGUCUACGACAUCGGAAAGGCGAUGGAAGAGCCACACCCGAAUCUGUUGGUUAUGGCGACGACGCUCAUGUGCAGCGCAGCCAUGGGUCUUCCAACCAGUGGAUUCCCCAAUAUGAGGGUGCCGGUGGCGGCCAUGCUCUCUGCAUUCACAGCUCGCCCUAUCAUCGAGCUGAAGUCGCGGGACAAGUCCAAGAUUGAGACCAUCUUGGCUUCUGGCGACCGAGUUCUUGUUGGCCUGAACACUGGCGCUCUCCGCGUAUAUCGCCUGAACGAGCUGCCUGCCUCUUCGACACCGCCUUCCAACGACAGCCCGCCAUCCCUUCCAGACAGCCAGCAACCUACGCAGUCGCAAUCCUCCGCCUCCGCCUCUUAUUCUCAUUCUCAAGCCGCGUCGCAGCCGGCCGCCCCAAAGAAACCUACCGAUCUUUUACGUGAAGUGGAACGGUUCUCGACUCGCGCUAUCGACCAGCUCGCCAUCAUCAAAGAAGCCAAUACUCUCGUCUCCCUCUCCAAUUACCACAUCUCUUUCCACGAUCUUCAGACUUACGAGCUGAUCGAGACGAUUCCGCGAACCAAAAAUGCCACCUGCUUCGCUGUCACAAGCAAUAUCGUCAAGGAUCCUGCCACGGGCAUCCCUGAGAUUACCAGCCGCCUCGCCGUCGCGGUCAAGAGACGUCUGUUGCUAUGGAGUUGGCACGACAGUGAGCUCCACGAGGAUGUCACGGAGGUAGUGCUAUCGGAAGCCAUCCGCACCGUUACCUGGGCUAGCGCUACCAAAGUCGUAUGUGGCAUGAACGCUGGCUAUAUGCUAGUCGACGUAACCACCUCCGAGACCCAGGAAAUAGCAGGAGUUGGUGCUGCCGCUGCUGGUGGGCAAGGCAGUCGCUUUGGCGCUGCGAGCAUGGGCUACAUGGGUUUAGGAGGAUACGUGCCGAAACCGCUUGCUGCGCGAUUGGCGGAGGGUGAGAUGUUGCUCGCCAAAGACAUACAUUCACUCUUCAUUGACACUGAUGGAAAGCCUCUUGAAAAACGCCAGGUUCCCUGGCAGAGCGCCCCUGAGAGCAUCGGGUACAGCUACCCCUACAUGCUUGCUCUUCAGCCGCCAUCCAAGGGUUCAUUAGAGGUUCGCAACCCUGAGACUCUCAAUCUCCUGCAGACUAUUGAGCUCCCUGGUGCCGCACAACUACACUUCCCGCCUCCCAAUGUAAGUCUCGCGCACGCUGGAAAAGGCUUUCACAUCAGUAGCGACCGUGUCGUGUGGAAGAUGGACGCGACAGAUUAUGAUACCCAGGUGCAGGGGCUUAUCGAGAAAGCCCAGUACGAUGAGGCUAUCAGCGUGCUGAGCAUGUUGGAAGACGCGCUCCUAAAGAAUAAAGUUGGAACAACACGUGAAGUGAAGAUGCUUAAGGCAGAAACCCUCUUUAAACAGAGAAAAUUCCGACAAAGCUUAGAUUUGUUCAACGAGGACGACGUGCACGCCCCUCCAGAGAGGGUUCUUAGGCUAUAUCCAAGAGUCAUCGCCGGGGAACUUUCUGUUGAGAGUGACGAGGAAGGGGAGACGACGGGGACAGAAGAUGGGGACAAUGACCGAGACAACGAUGAAGCUAGUGCCAACGGUGAAAAGGGCGCAAAAGCUAAUGUAACCACAAAUGCUGCCUCGCCAGUCAAAAUGCCUGGAUCGGGAGGCUUCGCGAAGUACUGGAUAGGCGGUGGUCAUCGGAAAAUCGAUUCCGAUGCUGCCUCUAUUGCGUCCUCGAAGCUCAAUGUAACCGAUAAUGAUGAUGCUGCUAGUAUCAAACCCAAGCCAAGGGGCGCGGAAGAUAGUGGACGUUUAGAAGGAAAAGACUUAAUCCAAGCGGUGCGAGAACUCAAUAGCUUCCUGGCUGGUACCAGAGCCCGUCUUCAGCGGGUUAUCGAUCCAGAGACGGGUAGGCUCCGGCCACGUAAGACCACGCCUGGCUUGGCCCAGCCGUCAAGCACCGACGAAAACCUAGAUGCACUACUGACUGAUACUCGCUCUGAAACGGAUGAGCAACUGGAGCAAGAGCUUCGACGUACCUUCACCCUUGUUGACACCACCCUAUUCCGCGGCUACAUGUUAUGUCAGCCCUCGCUGGUCCAGCCCCUGUUCCGCAUCCCAAACUUCUGUGACCCGGCCGUGGUAAACGAAAAGCUUCUCGAGCACAAUCGUUAUAAUGAGCUAGUAGACUUUUUCUACGGCAAGAAGCUUCAUAGAGAUGCCUUGACAUUGCUUCGGAGGUUUGGCGACGCCGCUUCUGAUGGAGAGACGACCAGGCUCAAGGUCAACGGACACGAGGAGGCCGAGGUUGAAAUCCCUGAGCAGCUUCGAGGACCUCGGAGGACGGUUGGCUAUCUCCAAAGCUUGCCGCCUGAGAUGAUAGAUCUUAUCUUGGAAUUUGCGGAUUGGGUUCUUAGGCGGGAUCCUGAACUGGGGAUGGAGAUCUUUCUUGCCGAUAGCGAGAAUGCCGAAACGCUGCCACGUGAGAAAGUCGUCAACUACCUGGCUGGUAUCAACGUCGAGCUCGAGAUCCAAUAUCUAGAACACAUCAUUGAUGAGUUAGGGGAUGGGACGCCGGAAUUUCACAAUCGGUUGGUUGAGCUGCUGGUCAACUCUCUACGAGAUAAUAAAACUCGGAAUGGCCAAUGGGGGGAGAGGCUCCAGAAGUUGGUGACGUUCUUGAAGGAAACUCAUACGUAUGGUCUGACUCGGGCUUUCGGCAUGAUUCCUCGAGACGAUCCGGCUUUCUACGAGGCGCAAGCUGUAGUGCUCAGUAAUAUGGGCAACCAUAAGCAAGCACUUGAAAUAUACGUCUUCAAGAUGCAGGACUACGUAAAAGCAGAAGAUUCAGCAGAUAGCCCUGCAGUGGACCAGGCCGAGCCGGACGACGACGCCCCAUCCUCCAUCUACCACACUUUACUGUCCCUCUACCUGACGCCGCCGCAGCCGCACAAGCAGAACCUAGACCCGGCCUUAUCUCUCCUCUCGCGACACGGCUCCCGCUUACCAGCGACCUCGACGCUGUCCCUUAUCCCCAAUACCCUCCCCAUAGCGGACCUGGAGUCGUACUUUCGCGGACGCAUACGCGCGGCCAAUAGCGUGGUAUCGGAAACGCGCAUUGUGGAAGCCCUCCGGAAGACGCAGCUCGUUAAUACGCAGGCGCGCCUGUUGUUCGGCGAUGAAGUAAGUGGCGGGCAAGCAGGAGGCGGUGGACGCAAUAGACGUGUUGUCAUACCCGAGGAAAGGGUCUGCGGUGUCUGCCACAAGAGGUUGGGGAAUACCGUUGUGGCCGUCCUGCCUGAUAAUAGCGUUUUGCAUUAUGGUUGUCUAGGCAAGGGGAAAGGGAAAGUGCGAAGUGCUAGUCGUCCGCGUGUUCAUGCGGGGUCUUGGGGGAGACAUGGCUAG